UAUUCACCUCACUCAUGGAUUGUGAUGGCGCGCUCUCUACUUCUCUGUUCUUGUUUACUGCCUGAGUGACAGUCAGCGUGAAGUACCGCUGUCAAUCUGCUGUGGCAUCAACACUUUCACUCUCGUCAGCUCAUGCCUGUAUUUGUUCUUGCGGAGUUAUGACUGAGCUCAGGAAAGCUAAGAGUGUGUUAUUGGACGGGCUGCUCAGCAGUCCCCCCACUAAACCUUUUCUCAAGAGACGAUGCCUCAGUGAUACCUCGGACCUGUUUGCCAUGAUCGAGAGGAUGCAGGGUUUCAGAAUGGAUGAGCAAAGAUGCCCGCUUCCUCCUCCACUCAAAACAGAAGAGGACUAUAUCCCUUAUCCCAGUGUUCAUGAGGUUCUGGGUCGCAGGAGUCCUUUUCCACUCAUCCUGCUGCCACAGUUUGGAGGCUACUGGAUAGAAGGGACCAAUCAUGAGCCCAAAAGUCCAGCAGAUGCUGAUCAAGCCACCUGCCCUACUUCCCAAAUCAAGCUGGAGACAAACAGCACUGCUAAGAUCUACAGGAAACAUUUCAUGACAAAGGAACACUUUAAUUAUUACACGAUGGAUGCUGCCCUGGGCCACUUGGUCUUUUCCAUGAAGUAUGAUGUCAUUGGGGAUCAAGAGCAUCUGCGCUUGAUGCUUCGCACAAAGCUAAAAACCUUCCAUGAUGUAAUUCCUAUUUCCUGCCUUACUGAGUUCCCUAACGUGGUUCAGAUGGCCAAGCUUGUUUGUGAAGAAGUAAACGUGGAUAGGUUUUACCCUGUCCUCUACCCAAAGGCGUCAAGGCUCAUUGUCACAUUUGAUGAGCACGUGAUCAACAACAAUUUUAAGUUUGGAGUUAUCUAUCAAAAGUUUGGCCAGACAUCAGAGGAGGAGCUGUUUGGGAAUAUGGAGGAAAGUCCUGCCUUUGUCGAGUUCUUGGAGUUUCUGGGCCACAAGAUUGAGCUUCACGACUUUAAAGGGUUUCGGGGUGGACUGGAUGUCACUCAUGGACAGACAGGCAUUGAAUCCGUCUACACACAUUUCCAUAAUAAGGAGAUUAUGUUCCACGUGUCCACAAAGCUGCCUUACACAGAGGGAGACUCACAGCAGCUGCAGAGGAAGAGGCACAUAGGCAACGACAUCGUGGCCAUCGUGUUCCAGGAAGAGAACACGCCCUUUGUACCCGACAUGAUUCAGUCCAACUUUCUGCAUGCGUAUGCGGUGGUGCAGGUGGAGGACGCUUGCACAGACAAUGUCACUUACAAGGUGUCUGUGACGGCAAGGGAUGACGUACCUUUCUUUGGGCCGGCUCUGCCUGACCCAGCCAUCUUUAAAAAGGGACCUGAGUUCCGUGAGUUCCUCUUCACAAAGCUCAUUAAUGCAGAGUACGCCUGCUACAAGGCUGAGAAGUUUGCCAAGCUGGAGGAACGCACACGUUCUGCCCUGCUGGAGACUCUAUAUGAGGAGCUGCACAUCAACAGCCAGUCCAUGAUGGGUCUUGGUGGUGAUGAAGACAAGCUGGAGAACGGGGCCGGAGGAGGAGGAGGGUUCUUUGAAUCCUUUAAGCGGGUCAUCCGCAGCAGAAGCCAGUCAAUGGAUGCCAUGGGCCUCAGUAACAAGAAGUCACACACAGUCUCCACUAGUCACAGUGGCAGCUUUACCCACAAUCCCGCAGAGAGCCCCAAAACCCCAGGGAUUUCAUUGCUUGUCCCAGGGAAAAGUCCCAGUAAAUAUGGACGUCGAGGCAGUGCCAUAGGGAUAGGAACAAUAGAAGAGUCAUUGAUCAUUCCUGGGAAAAGUCCAACCAGGAAGAAGUCUGGGCCCUUCAGCUCGCGCCGCAGCAGUGCCAUUGGUAUUGAGAACAUCCAGGAGGUCCAAGAGAGGAGUCGGGAGGUGUCACCCAGCACCCAGAGGACACUCGACAGCAGCCACCUGUCGCAAGAAAACAAAUCCGACACCUUGUCCAAUCACAGCUCUCCAGACUUCCCUGCCACCAAGAACAGUUUGGCAAUGUGUUACAGGGCGCCAUCCAUCCCAGAGGCGCAGGACCUUUCCCGCUCCUCCUCCAACGCCAGUAGCUUUGCAAGUGUCGUGGAGGAGCAAGAGCAUGAGCAGGAGGCUGAGGAGGAGUACGACACAGGACUGGAAAGUAUGUCGUGUGUUACGCCGCUCAGGAAAGACUCAUUUGUGUACAGCUCUGGGCUGGAGGACAGUGUGUGCUGCACGGGCCAGGGAAGUUUUCCAGUUUCCCGUCUUCAGCAGCAACUGGACGGAGUGAAGACGUCGGAGCCAAAAGGGACAGACAGCAAGCCCAAGACAGAGCGCCCCCCGCAGGAGCAAAUGUUCUCAUCGGUAAGACGAGAACUGUUAGCCACACCUAAAUGAUCACAACGUCAACAUAAUUUUUCAGCGUUCCCACUAAGAGGCAUUUGCCAAAAAUGAGCCAAGGGCAUGUGACUGAUGUGGAAGGGGCACAGAAUUAGAAGCCCAAUCAGAAGACUGAUGAAUCUGCUGCCUGUCAUGAUAGAUAGCCAGCUUCAUGGACACGUCCCUACCUACUGCCCUCGUUCCAGCCUCAUGUGGAAUCCCUCUUGAUUUGCUGGAGAGAAAGAAAAAGGAGACCACACCACCGGCAGACUGUCAGCUGGCUGAGCAGAAAACGUCUGCCUGCCUGCCUCCUCCUCCAGGCCAGUAUUCUCUGAAACGCGAUUCUUUCUGUAAAGUCUCUUUCUCUUUUAACGAGCAAAUGAAUAGAGUUUAAUCUAGUGACUGAAGGAAUGCUAAAGACAAACCAAGAGAGAGGAUCUAUGGAGAGAAGAGUUGCACUACAGAGGAAAUGUGUUUUCACGCUGAUAAUGUACUCUGGUUUUACGUUGACAUACGUGUGUGUGUGUGUGUGUGUGGCUAUCUGUAAGGCCAUCUUUUUUGUUUUUCUGAUCUUCUAUUCUUCUUACUCUGAGUAUUCUGCAGUGGAUAUUUGUUGUAAACCCAUCCUGUGUUUUAAAGGGUACUUCAUUGGUGCCACUGUUGCUGGCUGUAUAAGCACCUUUUUAUAGUAGGUGGGUGAAAUAUACCACAGAAACAGUAGUUGUUCCACAGCACCACAGACUCUAGAGUUGCUGUACUGCCCCAACCAGCGACGUGCAUCCUCACUUCAUACUUCAAAGUACUGCUGUUAUGAACUCUUUUGUGUCCGAUGUGCUGCGUCUCACACACACACCACUUGCUGAUUUGAUGUCCGUCUAUGAGUGUGUAUUCAACGGUACUGUGCAUGGUGUACAAUCUGCUUGCCAAAAACCUGUACCAUCUGUAUCCUGGUGCCAUGCUUGACUUAGAGGUGUUAUCCCUGUCAUUUGUGUUUGAUAGAAGAAAAACAAAGAGACCAGCCAACAUUCUCCCAAGUGCAGUGCACAUUGCUGAUGGAGCCAAAUGCCAGUUACCUACUAUAUUUGUGAAGUUAAAUAUACGUAUGUGACAGAAGCACUACAUUUCACUGGAUUGUUCCGAAAUGCUGACCUAUUGAAGAACAUGAUUUGUUGCUAAAUCUGAAUCGCACUGUGACUCGUUUUGAAGUUGCCUUUAUGAUCGCUGAGCUGCUGAAGGUAGGUUUUAUUUAAAGGUGCUGCGAUGCCAGCUGGCUUGAAUGUAAACUACAGGCAGACAUGUAGAUGAACACGCAUAAUAUCUGCUGACGAUUGAGUCAUGUGUGCACUGACCACAGUCAACUCAAGUCUGGAACAGCUCAGCUUUCCUGUUUGUUUGAAAUUUUAACUUAAAUAUGAAGAAAUGAACAGCUACAUGGAGUUGUUUGGUCUCAGUUUUUACAACUGAAGCGGAUAUGAAGUUUAUUGUGUAGGUCAUUCAUGAUAGCAUUUAGUUUGUCAAGUACAAACGGUUUAAGACACUGGACCAAAGCUACAAAUCAGAUAAUAAACCAACAUUUAGCAUUUUGAUAGAAAAAAAAUACCAUCUUUAGAAAGACACCUUGGUAGUAAGACAGAUGAAGAAAUGCACUGUAUAACAAUUCCAUUGACUUUCCUCUAGACUUUUGGUGCUUUAACAGAUAAACUACGCCCUCUGGUGGCUAUGUAAUAUAGCACAUCACUAUGUGGUACCAUCCAUUUCACUGUGCUUACACUGUACUAUGCCAAUGUUGAUCCAAACCACAAUAUGACUGGGAGUGAAUCCUCUAUGUGUUCAAAUGAUUGUAAUUCUGUUCUUAUCUGUUUGCUUAAGCCCUUGUUUCAAAAGAUUUGUAAAUACUGCUUUAAAUCCCCUUUUGUAAAUGAAGCCAAUAAAAAUGUUUAAUGCAUUUGAAGACGCA